GCUGCUGCUGCUGCUGCCGCCAACCUCCUUUCUUCUUCCCCCUUCCCUCUCCCGCUGGGCAGGGCGAGGAGCCCCAAACCGAGGGAGACCGGCGCUCUCCCUCCGCCCCCUCCUCCUCCCCCGCGCCCCCGCUCGCGCUCUUUCUCCCUUCAGCGCUUCUGUUCCUUUGCUCCGGAAGGAGUUGCCCGCUUGGCCUAGGAAGUUGUCCUGGGCAGAGUCCGGCCCAGAGCGAGGCCUGUGGCUGCCGCUCUCGGGAAACGGCAGCUCGGGGUUGGAGACCAGGCAGCGAAGGACUCCUCCGGGCUGCUCCCUUCGGCCACCCGGAGGCGGCUUGGCCUCAUGAAGAAGGUCAUAACUCAUUUAUGUGGAAGGGCGACAUGAUGUUUUGAAGUAUGACAGAAGUACUGAUGCUGUACCAGAGGCUAGAAAUAUUAAUGGCCAAAUCUAGCAAUCACAUGGUCUUCUAAAGAAGUCAUGGGUAGCUGUUGUAGCUGUCCAGAUAAAGAAGCAGUCCCUGAUAACCAUCGAAGCAAAUUCAAGGUUAUUAAUGUGGAUGAUGACGGUAAUGAGUUGGGUUCUGGUAUAAUGGAACUUACAGACACAGAACUAAUCUUGUAUACCCGUAAACGGGAUUCUGUCAAAUGGCAUUACCUCUGUCUGCGCCGUUAUGGCUACGAUUCCAAUCUCUUCUCAUUUGAAAGUGGCCGAAGAUGCCAAACUGGACCAGGAAUAUUUGCCUUCAAGUGUGCUCGUGCUGAAGAAUUAUUUAAUAUGUUGCAAGAGAUCAUGCAGAAUAAUAGUAUAAAUGUGGUAGAGGAGCCUGUAGUAGAAAGGAAUCCACAUCAAACAGAGAUGGAAGUUCCAAGAACACCCCGCACACCUACCACACCUGGGUUGAGUGGGCAAAGUCUACCCAAUGGGUAUCCAAGGUAUCCUUCCUAUGGAGAUGCUUCAUCACAUCCCUCCAGCAGACACCCUUCCGUAGGAAGUGCCCGUCUUCCUUCAGUAGGCGAAGAGUCAACACAUCCCUUGCUUGUAGCAGAGGAGCAAGUCCAUACAUAUGUGAAUACAACAGGUGUACAGGAGGAAAGAAAAAACAGGCCAAGUGUGCGUACACCUCUGGAGCGAAGGGUUUCUAAUGCAGAAACAAGCAAGGCAAGGGAAGAUGAAACUUGUCCAGAUGAUAGAGAUGCCCAGGUUGUACUGGAACCUGAAGGAGUCAAAUUUGUUUUGGGUCCAACGCCUGUCCAGAGGCAGUUAAUGGAAAAAGAAAAAACUGAAUCCAGUGGGAACAGUACUCAAGGUGGUGGAAACAGUACUGAAACUAGUGCCAACAGUACUCAAGCUAGCGGGAAUAGUAACAAUGAAUGGGACACUGGGUACGACAGUGACGAACGCAAAGAAGUUUCCUCUGGUAGCAAAAUAGCGUAUGAAAAUGUAAAUAGGUUGUCUAUCCCUGGUGCCCCAGGACUCAGGAGAGGUCGUCUGAUAUCAUCCAGUACCUCUGAUACCCAGAAUAUCAACAAUUCAGCUCAGAGGAGAACUGCAUUGCUAAAUUAUGAAAAUCUGCCAUCUUUGCCUCCAGUUUGGGAAGCCCACAAGCUAGGUAAAGAGGAGGAUGACAGUUUAGGACCAAAGACGCCAUCUCUGAAUGGCUAUCACAAUAAUUUAGACCCCAUGCAUAAUUAUGUCAAUACAGAGAAUGUGACGGUGCCAUCAAGUGCUCACAAAGUGGAAUAUGCAAGACGCCGGGACUGUACCCCAACGGUCUUUAACUUUGAUAUUAGGCGACCAAGUUCAGAACACAGGCAGCUCAAUUAUAUACAGGUUGAUUUGGAAGGUGGCAGUGACUCUGACAACCCUCAGACUCCAAAAACUCCUACCACACCACUUCCACAGACUCCAACCAGGCGCACAGAGUUGUAUGCUGUGAUAGACAUUGAAAGAACAGCUGCUAUGUCAAGCUUGCAGAAAGCACUGCCACGUGACGACGGUACUUCUAGGAAAACUAGACAUAAUAGUACUGACCUGCCUAUGUGAGCCUGGAAAGCAUUAGUUAAAUCAUUUGCACCUUUUUGAAGUUUUUUUUUAAAAAAAUGAAUGCUCUGUUUUGAUUUUUAAAUGCUACACUACAUGUUAUAGAUUGAUAGAUUUUUUUCUGAAUGCUUCAUGUCAUGUGCUUAUUUAAAGGGAAUUUAAGAUAGGAAGAGUAUUGAAUAACACUGUUUCGUUUUACAAUGGUAGUUAACAGCUUUCAGACAGUGUUGCCAUCUUCUUACAGUGCCUAUUGCAUUGGCUGAAAGUUGGAUAACAUGCCAGUUCUGGCAGACUUAGCCCUGUGCCUAAAGUCACUGAAGGCAUUAUGACACUUUUUUUUAAUGCCUCCUGAAACUUUGUAUUAACAAGCAGGUCAGUAUUUUCUCUCAUAGCUUACGCCCGUAGAUUCACAUAUUCCAGUUGAAUUUAUGGCAUCGUGUGGCAUCAACGAGAGAGAUUCUGGUCAGUUUGGGUUGAGCCAUAACAGGGUACAAAUUCCUUUUAUCUAGCAUGUGUGGGCUUAAUGAUGGUCUUGCACAUAAAUCAGUGCUUAGUUGAUGGGAGAGGAUGACAGGCAGCUGUCAUCCUCUAAAGCCCUUCCAGUAGGAGCAGCUUGUGACGGUCCUGCACUGUGUAAGUCUUAUUAAUAAAGCCAAUUACUAAAUUUGAAAUUUUAAUACUGAGUAGAGUGCCAUUACUUAUGAGUGGCUGACUUGGGAACGAUGAAAUCAGCAGUUUCAUAAAUAUAUUAGAGUAUCAUUUAGCACUUGGUUUCAGUCCUUGAACUAAUGACCAGAUGCACUUUAAAACCACUGACCAUAAAUCCAGCAGGUAGUAAUUUUUAAAAAUGCUGUUUUGCCACAGAUUCAUUUGCACUUCAGAAAGACACUGUGUUGCAGUUCAAGGAUUUGUUUUUUGUUUUUGUUUUGCUUUGUCAAAUCAAAAGUAGCAGUGACUAAUCUGAAGAUUCCAUUUAGCGGGGAAGUGAGAUAAACUUAUACUUUUGCGUGUGUAAAGGUGGCAUAAAGAAUAUGGCAUGGUACUGUAUUGAUAAAGAGCUAUAAAUUGCUGUUGGCCAGGAUGCAGUGGAUGGCAUUCCUGACUUUACUUACUGCUGGAGCCCACUUUGUUCCAUUAUGCCCCCCACCCCACAAAGGGCUGCUCCCAGAAACCUAUUGGAGCAACAUUUCAUGCAGUGUAAAGGGAUGCAGCUGAAAGAAAGAAAGAAAAACAGCAACCAUUCCAUGUAGAUGUAGAAGCAUUAUCUGCUGCGGUUGCACAGAGCUCUUUGGAUUCCAACUUAGAUUUGUUUCUUCAGACCAUCCUGAGAAAAGAGCUUCAGGAUUGACUUGCCACUGUCGCAUGCGAGAGGUCACACCAGGGUUCUCUUUACGUCAAUGUUCCCUUUCAUCACAAUCUGAAAUUGGCCUUGGCUUAGAUCCACUACAGACUUCCAAGUGGCAGCUUCAGGUUUUUCCUGUACAGUUGUACAGACACUACACUCAAUAUAUUUGUGAAGUAAUUCGCAAUUACGUUUAAUGUAUGGUCAGAUCUUUCCAUUCUGUAAAAUGUCUUUGCUCUUUCUUGCUUUUCAUUUUGCGUCGCCAUCUCUCCUGUACAGCCUUUAAGUUGCAUACUGUUAAUUCUGUACAUAGCUCUUGUUCAUUGUAUUUUAUAUGUUGCCUUUUGUUCAAUUUCCAUUUUGUUGUGGGAAAGCUUUUGGGAGGCCCACGUGUAAUAUUGUCCCUUAUCAGAAAGGCCUUCUUUACUUGCACAAAUGGAAUGGUGCAUUAUAGAUGUUUGAGUACAAACAGUUCCCUGGCACCUUAGAGAGGGGUGUAUAGAGAUGUGAGCAUGUAUUGGCUUUUUCCAGAUAACAUUUGCAGGUCAAUGUAGCAGUCAGAAUGCUGGGCUUGAAUAUAUCCUAUGCUUUACCAAUACAAGCCAGUAAAGUGGUUGUACAAGUAAUAGUAUGCUUGAGUUGGAUAAGUGCCAUGGCUCAAUGGUAGAACACAUGCUUUGCUUGCAGAAGGUGCCAGGUUCAAUCCCUAACAUUUCCAGAUAGGUCUUGUCUAAAAUCCGGCAUAGCCGCUCCAGUUCGUGCUGUCAGUGCUGAGCUAGAUGGACCAAUAAUGUGACUUUUGGUAUAAGGCAGCUUUCUAUAUUCCUGUCUGCAUCUGGGUUCUGUGAAACAGAGAUCCUAGUCCUAAACACCUGCAAUGGGAUAUCUUCCUAGGAUUCUAAGCAUGAAGUCCUUUCAGUGCUGCCAUAAUGUGCUUUUUGUGAUAUGGUUCUGUUAUUGACAUCAGUGUGUUCCAUCAUAACUUUUGUUUGCCAGCAGAGCAAGUCUUUGAAUGGAGGAGCUACUGAAUAUGUAGAGAAUAUCUGGAAGUAAUAUCUCUGGAUAUAUAAAUGUAACCCUUUUUAUUUCCUAGUUUAACUAUCACUGAAUAUUCCCAGUAUAUCUGGCAUCUGCUGAUCUUCCCUGGUAAAUUUAUCCAGUCGUCCCUCAGUUUCAUAGUAAGAGAAGCUUGCAAAGCAACAUCACAGCAACACAGAGUAGCUGAGCCUGCAAUUGCAAAGGAAAAAUAGCUGUUAAAAACUGGUGUGAAAACAUAGAGAGAUCUAACAAUUUCAAGACAUUUUAAAGGAUCCUGGGGGCAGGGGUGGAAUUCUGGUGUGUUUUCCUCACCAGAAAAAGAAUUCCAGAAGUUAUGUAAAAAAUGGAAAAUAUAUAUGCAUACUAUCUUAUCAAACAUAAACUUUCCUUCUUUAAAAACACAAGCUGUAGUGUGUUUUAGAACAUAUUGGUACUGUUUAGUUUAUUUAUGAAAUUUAAAGUUAAAAACAUCUUUAUUUUAUUUAAACAAUAAUUGCAAAUCUAUCCAGGGUUAGGGUGCAGCGAUUUAAAAUUCCAUGUUGAAGGUACCUUGCCAAUGUUCACUUGGAAAAAUAAGGAAAAAAUGAAAUGAAAUACAGUAUUGAAGCUAUCAAUAUUGUAGUAAACAAAGGAAGGCAUGGGGUUAAAAUAGUAUUGUAAACCUAAAUAUUUUCAUGCGGAAACAGAAUAUGCUAUAUUUUAAGAGAGAAGCUCUGGAAGUACACGUUCCUAUAAUAAAGCGGUUUUACAUUUGGAUAGUCUGUUAAUAAUAUAGGGUUAUUAUUAUGCAAAGUUACAGACCUGCUGUAACCCCCUGAUCUGUUCUGUAAGAGGGAUUAUGAUAUGGUGGAGGUAUCCCAUCUGCCAGGCUCCACCAGUGGAUAGGCCUAGCUGCUGAAAUGGUGAUGAUUGAGUAGUUAAUGCUAGUGGUGUUUCUGCUGGUGAUACCAUUGCUAGAGGGAAGGAGGAGGCACAACUAGCAAAGUAGCUUAAAAAAUAAAAUCCUGUCUUCCACUCUGGUCAAUUCUGUGCUCUGCCCUGUUCCUACCUGGCCAAGGUUAAGAUUUCUCUGUUAAUUGGCUUGAGCGUUACUGAAUUCAGUGGAAUUUGCUUUUGAGUACUGUAAACAUGCAAAGGAACAGCUGAAGCAUUCACUGGAACUGCAGAGAAAAUUAUCUCUCCUGAACAGUUACUUGUUUUAUUUAUAUUCCAUAUGAUCUCAGUAAAUAUAAUUGCAGAUAGUAGCAUAACUUGUGUUUUUUUGCUCUGAAAGAUCCAUAGGUUCUGAAUCUAUAAACUUUCAAUUGGAACUUCAUGGACUUCAAACAAGGACCAAUUUCCUGUGAAUUUUGAAUUAAGUCUUACGAGUGUUGCUUUUCCGAUCAUAGCAGCAAUGCUUUUAUCACUGACGUUUACUACCUUGGUCUGAGAGAUUUUCAACACUGUGAACUGGCUGCAUAGUGAUUUUACUUUAAAACUGGUUUUUUAAAAGUAUUUUCCUCAUUCUGAAAGAAAAUGCUGCAUCAUUUUUUUCUCUGUUUCCCAAAACUUUUGUUUUUUGUAGAUGGGAAACUAACAUAUCUCAUAUAAUUCAGAUUUUUUUCUUUUGGGCCGUCACCUCUCUCUAUAUAUGCCCUUCAGUGUUGAACAAAACUACAGUAUGUUAACAGAUCAAUUUCUUGAAUAAAAAAAAAAGGCUAAGUGUCUUCCAAAAAAAGUUGAGUUCCAUACACACACCCUCCAAAAAAAUCACUUAAAC